AUGGGAAAACUUUCGGAACUUUGCUAUCCCUCUACGGACUUCAGCAAACAUAGUGUCGUUAAGCCCAAAUUGCAGCAUGGCAGAACGAAGAUAGAAAUCACUUCUACAAAAGAUACGACAGGAACCCAUCACCGCGAGGUGAUCAUAACUGUGAACAUCGACAGCGAAGAGCAAGAAUUUGAACUGCAGCUUAAUGAAGAGCUGGUGCCACGAGGACACUCUCUGAGCUACCAGCAGGAUGGCCGGACAAUAGUUCACGUGCCGGAUAAAGAGGAGUUGGACUUAUGCCAGUAUUCGGGACGUGUGAGCGGCAAGCCGGGCUCGUGGGCCGCGGUGUCAACGUGCGACGGAGUCAAGGGCGUCUUCUACGACGGCCGACAGCUGCGGUACAUCGAGCCUGCACACGGUCUUUUACGCGUUCUACUUAUUACAAACUUAGGGCAUAUAAUACAUAUGUCAGCCUGUUUGAAUAUAAAACACCAGUCGUCAUCAAGUGACAUAAACGGGGAUCACUUCCUGUAUUCGCACGAGCAUCUGAAGAAGAAACACCGCUGCGGUUAUGAGAGCUCCAAGCAUAACUCCAGCCACAACUCUCACAAUUAUAAGCUGUUUCAGCAAGGCGAUGAGUUGGCAGGAAGGUCCAGUCGGGACAAACGUGCAUUUGUCGAUGCUGUAGUCCAAGAGCCUUUCAAUGCAAACCGGCGCUCGCGCUACGUGGAGCUCGUGCUGGUCGUGGACCACGGCGGAUACCUCGCCAGCGGCGAAAACAUACGCCUGGUCCAUCGCCAGAUGAAGGAUCUGGCGAACAUCAUCAACUCCGUAUACGCUCCUCUGAACAUUUUCAUAUCCCUGGUGGGUGUCGAGGUAUGGACGGAGGAGGACAAGAUCACGCUGAACAUGGACAGUCAAGCCACACUCGAAAACUUUAAUAACUACCGGAGCACGGAUCUCAUACACAGGAUACCUAAUGACAAUGCUCAUCUGCUCACCCGGCAAAAAUUCAAAGACGGCGUCGUCGGCAAGGCGCACGUGGGCAUGAUCUGUUCAUCUGAGAAGUCUGCAGGUGUGGAGACCAACCACUCCAGGGUGUUUGGGAUCGUGGCCAUGACCAUGGCGCACGAAAUGGGCCACAACUUUGGCAUGGGCCAUGACGAUGAGGAGGAUGGAUGCGCGUGCCCAGACAAGCGGUGCAUCAUGAGCUCGUAUACCAGCGAUUCAAUUAUUCCCGUGCGCUGGUCUUCCUGCAGCCUGAGGAAUCUUAGUCGUUCUUUUGAAAAGGGCUUUGACUACUGUCUACGUAACAUACCGAAGAGGCUCUUCGACUCACCAACUUGCGGAAACGGGUUCCAGGAAGAGGGCGAGGAAUGCGAUUGCGGAACAACACCCGGAGCCUUCUCCCCUGGAGACGGGGACCACAACGCGUGCACCGCGUGCUGCAAGCCUGACUGUACCCUGCGGGCUAACGCCACGUGCGGCCACGGACAGUGCUGUGAUAUAAAGACAUGUCGUCCCAAGGCGCCUGGCACGGAAUGUCGCGCCGCGAACAGCGAGUGUGACUUGCCGGAGUUCUGUGACGGGAGCUCACCAUUCUGCACGCAAGACGUGCAUAAAAUAGACGCCACGCCUUGUCGGAAGGGACAGGCGUACUGCGUGCGAGGUUCGUGCCGCACACACACGGACCAGUGCCGGCUGCUGUGGGGGAUCACGGGCGAACGAUCCGACGAUGCGUGUUAUAACGAGCACAACGUUUACGCCGCCGAAUACGGCAACUGCGGCUACGAUCGCGUGUCGCAGAGGUUCCGCAGCUGCUCGCCACAAGACGUCCUGUGCGGCAAGCUGCAGUGCACCCAUCUCGGAGAAAAUAAAAUCCACCUCGGCGACAUUUAUACUGCCACGUGGAUGUCUUACUUCGCGCAGAAGGGCAGGGAUAAGAUGGUCCCGUGUCACACGGUGAAUUUCGUCGGCCUGAGGGACGUGGACCCUGGCUUGGUGCCUGACGGCGCUAAGUGCGGACCCGAUAAGAUGUGCAUGCAGCAGAGAUGUGUGUCGGUUGAGCAAGUGAGAGAGAUAGCGCAGCGAGCAGCGGGCUCCUUCUGUCCCUCUAACUGCUCCGAACACGGCGUGUGCAACUCCAAUGGCAACUGCCACUGCGAGGAGGGCUACGCGCCGCCACUGUGCUCGCUGCCCGGCGCGGGCGGUUCUUACGACUCCGGCCCGAUAGCAGACAUUAGCAGUUUAACGCGAUUCAUGGUGGCGAUGUACGUGAUCUUCCUAGGCAUUGUGCCUGCAAUUAUAUUGGUGCUACUCCUCAUCUACUUCUGCCCCUGUUGCUCUCCUCUCCGCUUCAAGAUUUUCAAAUCACACUACUCAAAACCUACCAACAUAGUGUCUAAGUUUGCAUUUCCUAAUAUUAACUCAUUUAGGAAGUGGUUUUACGAUAGUGAUACUGAUAAAGUUAAUCGUAAUAACUGUCAAUUUAAUGCAAAAGAAAGUAAAGUACGUAAAAUUGUUACUGUCAAGAAUGAAUUUAAUGGUCACGAGACGGAAAUAUGUUAUGUUGAUAUACCUAGUACAGAUGUAGCGAAGAGUGAUGCUAAAUCGAUUAAUACAAAAAAUGUUAAAGAACCGGUCAAAUUAAAACGUACAAUAAAUAAAGAAGAUAUUGUUAUAGUUGAAAAGUAUAAUCAUGCUCCUAUUCAUAAUAAAACUGUGGCAAAUAAUUUAGAUGUUAUCAAACCUAAAGUCGAUGAUAUGAAAAAUAUAUAUGAGUCGCUUACAGAAAAAUCUAACUCUGAUACUCCUAAUUUUAAAGAUUUGAAUAAAGAACUUUUAGUGCUUAGAAAUAGUAAAAUGUCACCCGUAAAUAGACCUAUACCUAAUUUAAGUCCUAAACCUGCUGUUAGUCAGAAACCUAGUGUUAGUCUGAAACCUAGUGUAAGCCCUAAACCAGGCGUCAGCCCCAAACCUAACAGGCUGCCACGCGAAAACAAACCUAAGCCAGAACUAAUAAAUGCUGGUCUCGCUUCUACAACUAAUGAGUUCCUCAAUCAAAGGUCGAUGCUGAGAAAAGUUGGUAACGUAAAUAUUAAUAAAUAA